CAAUAGAAGAACAAGAAACAGCAGAAGAAGAUGAUGGUGACGAAGAUUCUUCGUAAAUAAAUGUGUGUCUUUCAUCUUUUUUAUUUCUUCAGUGAUUUAAUCUCUUUUAUUUCUUCAGUGACUUCACAAGUUUUAUUUCCGGUGUUUAUUUUCGGCGGAAUAAUUGCGAGUUGUCUGUAACGCAGUAAAACUCCAGGAAACAAGUGAAAUCUGUGUGACACUGUUGUAAAGAUGUUUAUUAAAGAGGAGAGUGAAGAUAUGGCUUAUCCAGAAGCAUGCAGAAUUAAAACCGAACACACUGACGAACAAACAGACUUGAUGGAAAUGAAAGAGGAAGAUCAAGAGCCAAUAAAAGUGAAAGAAGAAAAUCAAGAACUGAAUGACGUGAAGGAGGAACAUCAGAACUUCAUAACUGGAGAAAAAUCUUUUAGUUGCUCACAGACUGAGAAGAAUUCCUCACAAAACAAAACUCAACCAGAAAAUUCCUUCACAUGCCAUAAGUGUGGAAAGAGCUUCACACAAAAACAGAUUCUAAAGAAACACUUAAGAAUUCACACUGGAGAGAGCCCUUUCUCAUGCCAUCAGUGUGGAAAAAGUUACGCAAACAAAUCUGGCCUUAAAAGACACAUACGAUUUCACACCGGAGAGAGCCCUUUUUCAUGUCAUCAAUGUGGAAAGAGUUACACACAGAAACAAAGUCUUCAGAUACACAUAAGAACUCACACUGGAGAGAAACCUUUCACAUGCACUCAGUGUGGAAAGAGUUUCAUACGGAAAGCAAGUCUUACCAAGCACAUGAAAAUUCACACUGCAGAGAAACCAUUUAUAUGCUCUCAGUGUGGAAAGAGUUUCAUACGGAAAGAAGGUCUUAACAUGCACAUGAAAACUCACACUGGAGAGAAGUCUUUCACUUGCCUUCAGUGUGGAAAAAGUUACAUAAGGAAAGGAGAUCUUAACAUGCACAUGAAAAUUCACUCUGGAGAGAAACCUUUCACAUGCUCUCAGUGUGGAAAAAGUUUCAUAAGGAAAGGAAAUCUUAAUAUGCACAUGAGAAUUCACACUGGAGAGAGGCCUUUCACAUGCCUUCAAUGUGGUAAAAGUUACAUAGACAAAUUAGGCCUUAAAAGACACAUGAUUUUUCACACUGGAGUAAAGCCUUUCUCAUGCCCUCAUUGUGGAAAAAGUUUCACAUCUAAAAGAUUUCUUGAAGUGCACAUAAGGAUUCACACUGGAGAGAAGCCUUUCAUUUGCCAUCAGUGUGGAAAGAGUUUCAUUAAUAAAGGAAACCUUAAGGACCACAUAAGAUGUCACACUGGAGUGAAGCCUUUCAUAUGCUUUCAGUGUGGAAAGAGUUUUUUGCGUAAAAGAAACGUUGACGUGCACAUGAGAAUUCACACUGGAGAGAAGCCUUACGCAUGCCAUCAAUGUGGAAAGAGUUUCGCUCGUAAAGGAAACAUUGACAUGCACAUGAGAAUGCACUCUGGAGAGAAGCCAUACACAUGCCAUCAAUGUGGAAAGAGUUUCAGUCGUUCACAGACCCUAAAAAAACAUGAGACAGUUCAUGUCAGCCAGUUAGCUCUUGCUUCCUGGAUGCUCUUCCUCCCUGGCCCUCUGGCCACAGAUUCAGUGGAGGAGUUCGCUGCCAGACCCACCACAAGUCGAGUGCUCCACUUGAUGGAAGUGAAAGAGGAAUAUCAAGAACUGAUAGAAGUUAAAGAAGAAAGUAAAGAACUGAAUGAAGUGAAAGAAGAAAGUCAAGAACUGAAUGAAGUGAAAGAGGAAAUUCAAGAACUGAAGAAAGUGAAGGAGGAACAUCAAUAUCAGGAUCCUUGUUUUGUAACUGAAGAAAAAUCUUUUAGUUGCUCACAGGCUGAGAAGAAUUCCUCACAAAACAAAACUCAAGCAAAAAAUUCCUUCCCCUGCCAUGAGUGUGGAAAGAGUUUUAUGCAUAAAAAAAACCUUCUGAUACACAUAAGAACUCACACUGGAGAGAAACCUUUCACAUGUCCGAAAUGUGGAAAAAGUUUCAUACGGAAAGAAGGUCUUAGAAUGCACCUUAAAAUUCACACUGGAGAGAAACCUUUUAAAUGCCCUCACUGUGGAAAGUGUUUCACACAGAAAAAAAAUCUUAACAUGCACAUAAGAAACCACACUGGAGAAAAGCCUUUCACAUGCAUUCAGUGUGGAAAAAGUUACAUGGACAAAGCAGGCCUUAAAAUACACAUUUUAUCUCACUCUGGAAAGAAGCCUUUUACAUGUGUUCAGUGUGGUAAUGGUUUCACAAAGAAAGGAUCCCUUAAUGUGCACAUGAGAAUUCACACCGGAGAGAAGCCUUUCACAUGCCAUCAGUGUGGAAAGAGUUUCACAAAGAAAGGAGAUCUUAAUGUGCACAUGAGAAUUCACACUGGAGAGAGGUCUUACUCAUGCCUUCAGUGUGGAAAGAGUUUCAAGACUAAAGGAUCCCUUAAUGUGCACAUGAGUAUUCACACUGGAGAGAAACCUUUCACAUGCCAUCAGUGUGGAAAAAGUUUCAAUUCUAGAGGAAGCUUUAAUGAUCACAUAAGAUCUCACACUGGGGAGAAGCCUUUCCUAUGCUCUCAGUGUGGGAAGAGUUUUUUGCGUAAAGGAUGCUUUAAUAUACACAUGAGAAUUCACACUGGAGAGAAACCUUAUACAUGCUGUAUAUGUGGAAAGAGUUUCAUUCGGUCACAGCACCUUAAAAGACAUGAGAGAGUGCAUUCUGGAGAGAAGCAGUAAAUGCCCUUGAUUUAAUAAAAAGGGCAUUGCCCAGAGUUAUUUAAAAGAGCAAACUGAAAGUAAUCGUGUUAGAGUCGGGGGUACUUGUUUAACUUUGAAUGGAUUUAUCACAGACUUGGAUGAAAUUUCACUUGGUCUUGAAGAUUUUCCACGUCCGUGGCACAAACAAGCAAACAACAACGAUUCUGCGUCGAUCAUCAAGUGAUGGAGAAAAGAUCUCUUGGAAAACAAACCAGAUGGGAAAUGUGACAAAAAUGAAGAACUUCAUGGACUUCUGGUUCUGCCAUGUAGUGGAUAGACACAUGGUGUCAGCGCUCCCUUUUUUUUCCCCAUAAUUUUCUGUCAUAACACUCCAUUUUGGACUGUUUUAUUUACUACGUGCCAUUUUAUCACCUGGUAACCUGAUCCUGAUUAGUAAAGGUGCGUGAGCUGGCAGUAAACAUAACUCUCAAACUUUGGUGUCUCACCUUGGGCAAGACAGCAGCAAGAUGUCGGACAACGUUUCAAUCCCGCUAACAACUGAUGCUGGUCAGCGAACAUGACUGUGAAACUCACUACGCUGCUGAAAUCAUCUUUGGAGUGCCUUCGCUCUUCUGUUGCUUCUAUUAGGACUUAAGCGACUACUAUCACUGAUAUGGAGACUAUUCUCACAGACCACAGUUACAGGAUAACUAAUUUUGAACACGUGGUCUCAAUUCUUCAGUCGAAGUUGGUGUUGGAGAACGGCACUUCAAGAUCUAAAGUGGAAGACCUUGUGUCACGUUCUAAAUGCCAGAAUAUUUGUGUGGUUGGUCUUCCUGAGGAUAUCGAAGGAAAAGAUGCCAGGCAGUUCUUGACUGAUUUUUUUUUUUUUUGCCAAAGUUCUCGGCGACAUCCUUUCUGCCCCACCAGAGCUUGACCUGAGACACAAACCUCGCCAAGGUCAAAAUCCCCACAAUCUCAAUAAUGAGAUUUCAUCAUUACAUUGAGAAGGAAGUUGUGCUUAAAUGUGUGAGGGUCAUGAAAGAGAUCUUGUUCAAGGGACAUAAAAUCAUAGUCUACGAAGACUUCAGUGGUAAAAAGGAGAGCUUCAAUCAACAAUGUUAAGGGCCUGCUGUACAAGCGAGGUGUUCGUUUUGGCAUGAUUUACCCAGCCCGACUGUGUGUUGUACAAUGGUAUGGAGCAUCUUUUCUACUCCCCUGAAGGUGCAGAAUGAUUAUACCACCAAAACUUUUAUGUCUAAUGAGCUGGAUUUGACGGAUCUGAGGGGGAUCUCUUUUUUGCUAUAAAAAUCCUUGCUUGUAUUUUCAUGGGAGUUUGAAGGAAACCUCCAUAGACCGUAUAACCAUCAUACCAUUUUAAAGUGGUUCAUUUUAAUGCGCUGCUCUGCUCUGAAUGCAGCCGGUCCAUUUAAAUUUACAGGCUCAAAUAAUACAACAAGAACAUAAUGGUAAUUAUGAUAUAUAUAUUUGCAUAGAAUUCACAUAUUUGGACAGUAAAUUGUAACUGGAACAUGAAGGAUGCAAUGAAUUAUGGCAAGCCACGAGGUACUUGUGUCAUAAAUUAAAAAUAUCUUGUAUCCUAAAAUCUUAAUGUGUGGGUCUUUUAGCGAGUGUUGGAUACCUUUUUGAAUAGACAAUCAAAUUUUUGAUUAUUUGAGUACUUGUUAUUAUUUGAUAGACUUCAUGUCUUUGCCCAACUUGCUGAUAUAGGUUUUUUCUUUUCUUUUUUUCUCUCUUUUCUUGUUGGACUUGUAUUCACAAGCGCCACCGCAUGAACUGACAUGGCAUUAAUGGUGUUAAACUCUUCAAGCUUUUUGGAGUCAACUCCACUCCUUAAUCGAUUGUGUUAAGGUUUUCCUGGCCACUUGCCAUGUACAGAUGGACAAACAUAAGAACAAGUGACUUCAAUGUGUUCCUUUAAAUUCACUUGUGUUU